UUCACCUUUCGUUUAAAACGACGUAUUAUUUUGCAACCAGCGGAUGAGACUGUUGUUUGAGUGCGCUAACCUGCUUGGCAACAUCUAGUAGCAGGAGUCGGCUAAUGUAAUGGUAGCUAGCCGGCCGUGCUUGCCUAGCUAACGUGCUCAGCUAACGCUGGGUCAGUUAUCACGACAGAGCGCGUAUUAAUGCGGACCGGUUAAGGUAGACCUGUAGAGCUCCUCCCCCUAGCCACCAUGUCCUCCAAGAAAGAGCCGAAUGGCGAUGAGCGCUUUGCCCGGGUCAACAAGGACCCUCGCUUCUGGGAAAUGCCGGAUGUGGACCGGAGGGUCCGGAUUGACAAGCGCUUUCAGUCCAUGUUCCACGACGAGCGGUUCAAACUGAAAUACACAGUGGACAAGCGCGGGCGUCCUGUCAACCACACGUCCACGGAGGACCUAAAACGCUUCUACAAGCUUUCAGAUUCUGAGCAGUCCGAUGGAGGCAAAGACUCGCAGCAGGAGGAAAAGAAGAAGAAGAAGAAGAAGAAGAAGAAACCUGAAGCAAAGGAAGGAGUAGAGGAGCCUCAGUUCGAAGACGGACAGGGAAAGGAGGAGGAGCCUGAAGAAGAGGCGGAGCAUGCAUCUGAGAAGGUGCUAAUGAAGCACAAAAGGGCUUCAGAACGCAAAGAUUUUGUGAAGACGCAUAAGGCUACAACAGCAGAGCAAGCAGGAGUGGGAGAUGUUGAAGGAAAGGAUGAUGACCUCGAGUCUGACAGUGAUGAGGAAGAAGAUCGUGACACUGACGAGGGAGCACGACUCGUGGCUGAUGACGAGGACCUUGGUGACGAAGACGAUGGUGAGCAGGAGGAAGAGGAGGAGGAGGAUGAAGAUGAAAGCGACAGGGACAGUGGCCCCGACCUGGCCAGAGGGAAAGGCAACAUCGAGACCAGCUCAGAGGAGGAAGAUGGUGGUGGCGAUGAUGAUGAUGAUGAGGUGGUGGAGGACUACCUUCGUCGUGAGGAGGAGGAGCUUGAGCACGACUGGGGGGAGAUGUGGAAGGACGCCCCACGCUCCGAGGAGACAAGUCGGCGGCUGGCGGUGUGUAAUAUGGACUGGGACCGGAUCAAAGCUAAAGACCUGCUGGCUCUUUUCAGCUCCUUCAAACCCAAAGGAGGAGUGGUGUUGUCCGUCACGAUCUACCCCUCUGAGUUUGGGAAGGAGCGGAUGGAUGCAGAACAGACUCGGGGUCCACUGGAACUCACCAGCCUCCCAGAUGACCCCGAUGCAGAUACUGAGGAACAAAGGCUCUACAGAGAGAAGGUGCGGGAUUACCAGUUCAAACGCCUGCGGUACUACUACGCCGUGGUGGAGUGCGACUCCGUGGCUACGGCCGUCAGCAUUUACGAGGAGUGCGAUGGCUUCGAGUACGAGAGCAGCCGCUCCACGCUGGACCUGAGGUUCAUCCCCGACGAGGUCGCUUUUGAGGACGAACCCAAGGACAGAGCGUCGGAGGUGGACAUCUCCACUUACAAGCCCAGACUGUUCAGCUCCGCCUCAAACACUACUGCCAAGGUCGAGUUAACGUGGGACGAGACGGAUCACGAACGCGUGACCGCCCUCAGCAGGAAGUUCAAGAAAGACGAGCUGCUCGACAUGGACUUCAGAGCCUACCUUGCCUCAUCCAGUGAGGAGGAGGAGGGAGGAGGAGCUGAGGAAGAGGAGGAGGAGGCGGCACCGGCGGCUGAGCGUUUGGCAGAAGAAGAGAAGACGAAGAGGGGCAAGAAGGGAAGGAAGGAGGAGGAGCAGAUCUCUAAAUACCGCGAGCUUCUACAGGGUCUCCGCGACAAAGACGCAAAAGCGAAGGACCAGGCCAUGGAGAUGGAGGUCACGUGGGUGCCAGGGUUGAAGGAGACCACAGAGAAACUGGUGAAGAAGAAGCUAGAAGGCAGAGACAAACUGACUCCAUGGGAGGAGUUUCUGGAAAAGAAGAAAGAGAAAAAGAAAGAGAAGAGGAAAGGAAAGAAGGAGGCAGAGUCAGAGUCUGAUGUCGCUGUUAGUGACGACGAACUUCCUCCUGACGUUGACCUCAGUGACCCCUUCUUCUCUGAAGAGCUCGGCUCCACGGGCAAGUCCAAGAGGAACGCUAAGAGAAGCAAAAAGGGGGAGGAGCAAAGGACACCAGAAGAAGAGGCGGAGCUAGAGAAACAGAAGGCUGAAAUGGCUCUCCUGAUGGCGGACGAUGAGGAGGAGGGGCGCAGGCAUUUUAACUACGAUAAGAUCGUGGAGCAGCAGAAUCUGAGCAAGAAGAAGAGGAAAAAACUUCUGAAAAGCAAUACACCGCUGGAGGAAGACAACUUCCAGGUGGAUGUGCAGGACCCGCGCUUCCAGGCCAUGUUCACGUCGCACCUGUAUAACCUAGACCCUUCAGACCCGGCCUACAGGAAGACCAGAGGCACCCAGAGCAUCCUGCAAGAGAAGCAGAGGCAGCGGCGCAGCCAGCAGGAGGCGCUCCAGAGCGCACACCAACACGAGAGAACCGUGGACCCUAGUCUCUCUACCCUCAUCAGAUCUGUGAAGAACAAGACGCAGCAGUUCCAGGCCCAGAAGAAACAGAGGACCAAGUAGAGCUGAGGGAGGAGGAGAGGAGGGGAGGGGAGGGGAGGGGAGGCUGGGGUAGUUUUGGAGUGCACGUGUGUGGUCAGAAUCAGAACCCAUAGCCUGAAACUGGGUUAAACCGGGUUGCUGCCACAGCGACUGUCGUGCUCUGCUGUGAGGAGCGCGUCUUGUUCGUGUGAUGUGUUUUUUGUACAAAUGCUUUUAUUAAGAAGGUGGUCAGAUCAAGUUUUAUACAUCAGAGACCCUCAUAUGAAACAUUAAAAAAAAACAGGUGUGUCCACUUUAAAGGGAAGAAUCCACACUUGACUGGUGCUGAGGUUGGAGGAAAACUGGCUUUAUUUGUUACGUUGAAACGAUACAGACAUUCAGCAGUCUCAGUGGCACUUAUCACCAGAAAA